AUGCAACGGAGACAGCGAAACGCUUACGUCACCGCUCUAUGUCCGCUCGUCAGCACUGCUCUCAACCGCAAGCUACAUAACGACGACCUCGUCGCGCGGACAGUCCACACCACCCACACCACCACCAUGGUUUUCGACAAUAAAGAGUCUACCGAGCCCCUCCUCCCCGCCCCCGCGACGCAGCCCGUGCAGCCCGUGCGCGCGCGCCAUGCGCUCAUCACCUUCCUCGACGACAGCGGCGAGGCGGUCGACGGCGUCGCCGAGCAGCGCCGCGUCGUCAUUUUCGAGGGCGCCGACGCCCAGAUCGGCCCCAUGCAGCAGCCCAAGAGCAUCCUCUCCGUCCUCCCCCAGAUCGUCAUCAUGAUGGUCGUGCUCUUCGUCACUGGCGCUGCCCUCAUGACAGGCCUCGUCUGGCUGCUCUCUUACUUCGACGCCUUCGACGCGUAA